UCUUAAACAGGCACACACAAUGAGCGAUUUUAGCCGACUACAAUAAAAAUGGCAAGAUGAGAUUGACAGUGAGAAGAGUUGUACUUGUAGCUGUCGGCAUCUACUGUCUCCUGACCUUCUAUACGGCUUACAUCUUACUUUCUAGGAACUGGAAGGGUGAUGUAGAUAAAAUUAGUCCUCGCGGGAAGGAAAACUUACCAAAUGAAGAAGAGCUGAUCAACAGAAGGUCCCAACAGAAGGGUGGUGAGGAUGAGUGGAACCCCUGGGGGGAGGAGUUUGAGAAGAACAGGAUCAAGACAGUCGCACCCAAGAAAAAAGAAGUCAGCUGGGACUGGAACAAGGACCUGGACUUUGGCAAGAAGUUCAACAAGAAGAAGAACUCUACAACUGAUGAGUUUGAGAUUGAAGUGUGGGGUAAAGCUGCUAUUGGUCUCUAUCUCUGGGAGUUCAUCUUGGGAGGAACAUUGGAGGAGAAGAUGGGAGGAAUCUGGACUUACGGUUUCAAGAAAAUCUACAAAUUAAAGUUCAAGUUCCGAACAGGACCAGGAGUCAUCCCCAGUAAAGCACCACACGACACCAGAAACCUCAUCCUGGUUCUGAACGGCAGAGAACAGUCCAAGAUCGAGUUUGCCACCAUCUGGCUGGAUUACCUCCCCUCCUUCCCCAAUCUGCAGAAUGUGGCAGUCUUUCUCCUAGGCAACGAGCAGUGUGAUAAUGACUGGAUCAAACCAUAUCUGAAGAAAAAUGGGGGAAUGGUGGAUUUGCUGUUUGUGGUGUAUGACAGCAAGUGGGUGGAUGAUGAAACUGUGUUCCAGUGGCCACUUGGGGUGGCAACAUAUCGUAAGUUUCCCAAAAGAGACAAGGAUGACUUCCCUGUGAACAGUAUCCGGCCGUACCUGUGUAAUUUUGUGGGGACGGUGUACCCAAACUCCUCCAGACAGACUCUGAUGGGGGUCAUCAACAAACAUGACCUGGAGAAGGAAUGUUUCAUCAAGGCUAGGGAGGAAUGGAGUCCAGACGAGUCACCUGAAACCAGACAACAGUAUGUAAAAGCUCUGUUACAGAGUGACCUAACCCUGAGUCCUGUAGGACAGAACACAGAGUGUUACCGUAUCUAUGAAGCCUGCGAGUAUGGCUCCAUCCCAGUCAUAGAGGACAAAAUGACACCCGGCACCUGUGGAAACAAUGACAAAUACGACAACGCACCACUAAGACUUCUAAAAUACCACAAGCCACCAUUCAUCUUUGUAAAAGACUGGAGUGAACUUCCUACAGUCCUGGAGGAAUACAGGAUGUUGUCACCUCAGGACAAAGUUGUCAGAAGAAGAAAAGUUCUGGAGUGGUGCAACAAGUUUAAGGGGAAGAUGAAGGAUCGAUUCCUCCGCAUCAUCAACCAAAAAUUCUUCCCCAAGAAAUCUUAACAAGUAGAAGGUAGAAGUACUGUGAUUUUGUCUGUUUGAAACUUCCAUGUUUGUCUUGAAGACCUGAAGCCAUAUUUACCACAGGACACUAUACAAAGCAAUAAGGAUGGUGACAUCAUUAAGAAGUACAUGUACUUAGUAUAUUGGAGAAGAAACUGUUGGAUGUCUGCCAAUACACAACAAGGGAUCAACUACCGGUAGUACCUGCGGAUUGCUGCCCAACAGAUGACCAUUUGUCAACAGUUGCAACCAAGUGGAUUUAGCUAGUUAUAAGAUAUUCCAAAGGAACUUUUUAAACAAUUAGUCGCCCCAAUUUUUGUAUUGAAUAACAAAGAGCUGACUUAUACAUAUUUUAGUUGUCAUGGUGUUGUCAUUUUAACUUAUUUAGUGAAUUUAUUUUGGUUGCUAAAAAAUCUACAUGUACUUUAGACUUUCAAGAAAAUCUGCGUCUGCCAUUGUGUAACUUCAGAGUAACAUCAAUGUACACAAAUGUGUGGUGUGUGCAUGUAAUGUCGGGGUAAGGCGUGAGUCUCAGCUGUGGCAAUGCAAAAUGAUUUAGAUCAUUCUAGGUUUUAGCCAGAAAAAUAGAAUACAACACGGUGUAUUUCGUAAUGCCCAAGGUAUCAGCCGGACCGCGGGUCGGAUCGCCCGACGGCCGAAGGCAAUGGAAAAUGAUUUAGAUCAUUUUCGUUUUUAGCUAGAAAUAUAGAAUACA